ACCACUUCCUGUGCAGUGAGACAGAAGGAAGGGCUGGGGACAGUUAGAAGUUCACAAGUAGCAAACAAAGAUCAGACUGAAAGAAGCCAGAGUUAAGCUGUUAGGGUUCCUCGGAGCUCAGCUGGAAGUGACUGGAUGACAAGGCGCGCAAACUCAGCUGUGGGAAUGCCAUCAUGAUUCCACAAGUAGUGACCAAUGAGACCAUCACAGUGAUUUCGCCAAAUAGAAUCAACUUUCCCCAAACAGAGGAACCCCAGUCUACCCACCAGAGGCAAGACAGCCUGAAGAAACUUCUAAAGGCAGAGAUCAAAGUGAUGGCGGCAAUCCAGAUCAUGUGUGCUGUGAUGGUGUUGGCUCUGGGAAUCAUUCUGGCAUCAGUUCCCUCUGUCCCACUUUUUACGUCAGUGUUUUCUGUCCUGUUAAAAUCUGGAUACCCAUUUGUAGGACCUUUGUUUUUUAUUGUUUCUGGAAUUCUGUCCAUCAUCACGGAGACAAAGUCAACAAAAACUUUGGUAGAUGGCAGCCUGACUCUGAACAUCCUGAGUGUUUCAUUUGCUUUCAUGGGCAUCAUUAUCAUGUCUGCCAGCCUGGCUGGUUUGCAUCCUGCCUCAGAGCAGUGCAAGCUGAGCAAGGAAGGUAUACGAAAUGAACAUGAUUACUACGAACUUUCCUAUGACUCAGACAAGAAAAAGUGCUCCACUGACAAAUCUAUUCUGACUGGGGUCUUUUCACUGAUGCUGAUCAGUACUGUAUUGGAGCUUGGCCUGGCGGUCCUCAGUGCUCUGCUUUGGUGGAAACAGAGUCGCUCUGACUCCCCUGGGAAUGUGAUUUUCCUGUCUCAUAACUCAAAUGAUGAAUCCAAUGUGGAAUCAAAGGCACUCUGUAACUCUGCAUAUGAGGAACAAAUGGUUUGUUAAGAAAAACAAAACAGAACAAAAUUCCCCAAAACAAGUGGGAACUAAACAGCAGAGGGUAUGUCUUCUUGAUAAUGCAGAAAAUACAAUCAUCACAAGGUAGCAAUGCUUGUUACUAAAAAUGUAGACUGUUUAUACAAUGAAUACCAGUAUGAGUUGAAUGGAUGUGUUAGUGUCAUCCUAUUGAUUUUCAUGACCUUGGCUUCAUCCACAGCUCAGACCUGCAAACAGUGGCCAGAGUCCCAGAUAUUUCUCAUUAAGAUAACAGAAUGUUUCAGGAGAUUGUGAUGGAGCAAAGGGGCGACAUUUUCUUGUACCCUGCAAUUAAUAGCAACAGUUACCCAUUAAGAGUCUUUUUGAUAAGUGGCUAUUAGCCCAAAUGCUUGAAUUACCCUAGAUCCCUAGAACAAACGAAACUCAAGACGGAUGAUCAAAAUGUGAAUGCUUCACUCCUUCUUUAAAUGAGGAAAAAGAAUACCCUUGGCAGGGAAGGGAGAGGCAAAGAUUAAAACAGAGACUGAAGGAACACCCAUUCAGAGCCUGCCCCACAUGUGGCCCAUACAUAUACAGCCACCCAAUUAGACAAGAUGGAUGAAGCAAAGAAGUGCAGACCGACAGGAGCCGGAUGUAGAUCGCUCCUGAGAGACACAGCCAGAAUACAGCAAAUACAGAGGCGAAUGCCAGCAGCAAACCACUGAACUGAGAAUGGGACCCCCGUUGAAGGAAUCAGAGAAAGAACUGGAAGAGCUGAAGGGGCUCGAGACCCCAUAUGUACAACAAUGCCAAGCAACCAGAGCUUCCAGGGACUAAGCCACUACCUAAAGACUAUACAUGGACUGACCCUGGACUCUGACCUCAUAGGUAGCAAUGAAUAUCCUAGUAAGAGCACCAGUGGAAGGGGAAGCCCUGGGUCCUGCUAAGACUAAACCCCCAGUGAACUAGACUGUGGAGGGGGAGGGCGGCAAUGGGGGGAGGGUUGGGAGGGGAACACCCAUAAGGAAGGGGAGGGGGGUAGGGGGAUGUUUGCCCGGAAACCGGGAAAGGGAAUAACACUCGAAAUUUAUAUAAGAAAUACUCAAGUUAAUAAAAAAAAAAGAGUCUUUUUAUUCAGAAUCCCUGCUAUGGCAUGGGUCUUUCAUCAUAUCAAUUUUAUUCACUAGUGCAUAGAGACAAGUGACCUGCAAUGAAUUCCCAAGAAGUAUAUAUGCUGUUGCUUCAAAAUAAAGUGUUUUUGUGAUUA